UAGACCGUUAUCCCAGUGGGGAACAGCCAGCCACACAGCUUCACAGAGAAGCACACAGGGAAGGUUUAGGUACGCCUCAUUGUCUCGGCCUGCUUGCUGGAGGGACGAAGCACAUUCCUGUCCUUUUGUUGCCUUAUUUUUGUAGUUCUUUCGACCGUGUUGAGCUGCAUCCCUGAGACAUGAACGGGUCAACGAAUGGCUGGUAUGACUGCCUGAACGAAGAGGGGUCUUUCAUGUUCACCUCGGAGUCUGUCGGAGAGGGGCAUCCAGAUAAGAUAUGUGACCAGAUCAGUGAUGCGGUGCUUGACGCACACUUGAACCAGGACCCUGAUGCCAAGGUGGCAUGUGAGACGGUGUGCAAGACUGGCAUGGUGUUGCUGUGUGGUGAGAUCACCUCCCUGGCCAACGUGGACUACCAGAAGGUGGUGAGGGACACCAUCAAACACAUUGGCUAUGACAACUCUGACAAAGGCUUUGACUACAAGACCUGCAAUGUGCUGGUGGCCCUGGAGCAGCAGUCUCCUGACAUUGCCCAGGGGGUCCACAUUGACCGGCAUGAGGAAGACAUUGGGGCUGGGGAUCAGGGCCUAAUGUUUGGCUACGCCACAGACGAGACCGAGGAGUGCAUGCCACUCACCAUCGUCCUGGCACAUAAACUCAACGCCAAGAUGGCUGAGCUGAGACGCAAUGGAACCAUCCCCUGGCUCCGUCCAGACUCCAAGACCCAGGUGACAGUGCACUACACCCAAGAGAGCGGCGCAGUGAUUCCAAGGCGCGUGCACACGGUGGUGAUCUCGGUGCAGCACGACGAUUACAUCACUCUGGACGAACAGAAGAAGAUUCUGAAGGAGAAAGUCAUCAAGGCUGUGGUGCCGGCCAAGUACCUGGAUGAAAACACAGUCUACCACCUUCAACCCAGUGGCCGCUUCGUCAUCGGGGGGCCCCAGGGUGAUGCUGGUGUGACUGGCAGGAAGAUAAUCGUGGACACUUAUGGUGGAUGGGGAGCCCAUGGUGGGGGGGCCUUUUCCGGAAAGGACUACACCAAGGUGGACCGCUCUGCUGCCUAUGCUGCCCGCUGGGUGGCUAAGUCCCUGGUCAAAGCCAAGCUGUGCAGGAGAGUUCUGGUACAGGUGGCCUACGCUAUUGGAGUGGCACACCCACUGUCCAUCUCCCUUUUCACCUACGGCUCAUCCCAGAAAAAUGAGAAAGAACUCCUGCAGAUUGUCAACAAGAACUUUGACCUCCGACCUGGGGUUAUCGUCAGGGAUCUGGAGCUCAAGAGGCCAAUCUACCAGCACACGGCAUGCUAUGGCCAUUUUGGCAGGAAGGAGUUCCCUUGGGAGGUGGCCAAGAACCUUAACUACUAGCGUGUGAAUGGCAAGGGUGUCGACACCGUCAGCUGUCCCAUGCUGCUGGGACACAGAGGAGAGGGGUGGGCAGCUGUGAGCGUCUGUAAAAAACAACCCUCAAACAUUGAGGGGCGGGGGGUGACGCUGGCUGUGAUUUAACACCCUCUGUACCUCCUAACCCACAAAUCAAAUCUCCCAGACUUUCCAUCUGCUCCGAAGUAAAGGGUGGUUGCACUGGUGCUACUCACAGCGGCAGGGCCAUUUAUGUUGAGGAAAAGUGCAAAGCCUUAAAUAAGAUCCUGUUCCGGUGUUUGCCUCCUCUGUAUAUAGCUAUAUAGUGUGCCACAGUCUUAUAUGUGCUUGAACACUCAGAUAUUUCUCAGAUAUAACACCCAUGGAUAGUUUUGACCAACCAAAACUCAAAAACCAAGCCAUGAAGCAUUUAUUUAUAAUAUUACAGAAUUUACCUAAAAUUUCAUUCCAAAAUAGAAACCUGUGUUUUUAUGAACAAGCAGCUGUGUACAACAUAUUAUGUGAUCCACUUAAAAAACAGAGCAUUUUAACUUGAUUUUCACUGUUGAUUUGUGUGAAUUUUGUCUUACAUGCCUGCCUGUCUUGGGUCAGAUUACUGAUCGUGUGAAGUGAUGUUCCUGAUCCAGGAUCAUCGAGACCAGUUUGUAGUUUUGGCGAUGAAUUGAUGGUCGGUUGCAACGACUUUUAGUUUAUACUAGAACGAUGGACGAUUUGAUGUCGUCGCUAUCAUCGUAGUGCCCAUCGCUGAGACAUAAAUUGCAGUGAACUUUGACCCCAUUGCUGCCUCAAUUACCAUGGCAACCUUAUUAUAGAAUGUUGUCAUCUGUAAUUUAUCUUUAGGGAAGUGUCAUCAACUAGCAUCCAUAGCUAGCAAUAACUUCACUUCGGCAAUGCGUUCUUAAGUUGAGCAAUAAUGGAAUGUUGGUGACAAUGUAACAAUAUCUGUCAUCCAAUCAUACAUCGCCAAACUAUAAACUGGCCUUUAAUGUAACUCAGGUUCCACGUACAGAAUGUGCAGGCACAUUUCCUUACACAGCCAAGGUAAAUGAACAGGAAAAUCAGGUCUUAAUUCAACACUUACUGUAAUGUGUAUGAUAAUAAUAAUAAUAAUCAUUGAACUUAUGAUGAUGAUGAUGAUGAUGAUUAUUGUUAUAUUAUAAUGAUCGUUAUUAUUAUUAAUAUUAUGAAUAAUCAUUUAAAAGGCUGAUCAGGGGUGCACUUAAAGGGAAACACCCAAAUUUGGUAUGAUCUGUCUUACCCCAGUUGAGGGAGGCAGGGUGUAUUUCAUGCGUAUAUUAUCCAUUACCUACAAAAGACCACCUCAAGUGAUUUCGGAUAUAAUUCCUCUCUUUAUCACCAGGGAAAGAAAACCCUAAAUCAAAAAUCUACAUUAUUGUAGGGUUAACAAGUAUUUUUCUAGGUUGUGUUAUGAUAUAGUAUUGGGUGAGAUCCUGCAUCAGACACUCAAUCACGUUGAAUUGUGUGAUUUCCAGAACAGUUUUUUCCAGAUAUACAUAUACAAUAUAGUUUAUAGUGUACAGAUAUCUGGAACAUUAGUGUGUUGUAAAAGCAGGUGGACAGAUAAAAAAGAUAAAAAUGGUCCGUUUCCCUUUUGGUUUACUCACCAAACCUUAUUAUGAAUGGUAUCCAUGAAGUGUUUCUCUUAAAUUACAUUUGCAAGCAAUAUGUACAAAAAUCUCAUAGGCCACUGGGAUGGGGGAGUGAAGCUUCUAUAACUCUACCAAAAGCUAUCAAAAGUAACACAGCUUUGGACCAAUUAUUUUUUGCUUAAUAAAGCAAGAUCUUUUUGAUUGGUUCUCUUGAGUUGUGGUGGAGAGGUCAGUGUAGUUCCACUCAAUAUGGGACUCACAACGUUUUGCUUUCCCAUCUUUAACUUUAACAUCAAGCUGUAAGAAAUGACCAACACAUUUUUGUACUGAAACUGCAAAAUGUUCAAUGGCAUACCUGUCUGAAAUGUAUUCCAAAGAUCUGGAAAAGUUUUGUACAGUUGCAUGAACAGUCAAACUCCUUUCAUUCAGUCUGAGAAAGCAACAUGAACUACGGUGCUGCAAAAAUGUAUUUGCCCCUUCUCGAUUUCCUCUAUUAUUGCAUAUUUGUCACACUCAAUUGUUUCAUAUUGUUAGACAAAAUGUAAUAUUAGACAAAGGGACCUUGAGUAAACACAAGUACUUUUUCACAGUAGGGUGUUUGAUAACUUUUUUCAUUAAAUAAAUGGUUUUGUUAUAUAAGAGGAAAUCAGGAAGGGACAAAUACUUUUUCACAGAACUGUAUAUUUGUGGUGUUACACUGAGUUCCAUUUGUUUAAAAAAAUGUAACAAAAAAUGUAUAUUUAUUUUUUUCUUAUUUUUUUCACUUUUUUUUAAAAGGAAAAUCUGGGGGUUAAAAUGUAGAGUGUUUCCUUGCAUAUUCUGUUGCAGUGUUUUGAGUAAAUCGUUUGGGUGUGAGUUUUCA